AAUCCAGCCUGAACACAUCAAGGCAGAAAGUUUCCUGUGGACAUGGCUCAGUUUCACGUCUUCGAAGCACCUGUAGCAGGUUUUAAUUUCGAGAACUCUGCAAGAAAUGUUGUAUUGGAGAAUGCUCUGGCUGAAGGGAAAAGCAAAACGCCCAAACCUUUAAAGACUGGCACAACCAUAGCAGGAGUGGUGUUUAAGGAUGGUGUGAUCCUGGGAGCUGACACAAGGGCCACCUCCAGCGAAGUAGUUGCUGACAAAAUGUGCUCCAAAAUUCACUUCAUUGCUCCAAAUAUAUAUUGUUGCGGAGCAGGGACUGCUGCAGACACGUUUAAAACUACAGAAUUGCUCUGUUCCAACCUCGCAAUUUUCUCCUUGAAUAGCGAGAGGAACCCCAGAGUCACCAUGGCAGCUCACAUACUACAGGAUAUGCUCUUCAGAUAUCAAGGUACAAUUGGGGCACAUUUAAUUCUAGGAGGGGUCGACUUCACCGGGAACCAUCUCUACACAGUGAGCCCCUUUGGGAGCAUGGACGAGCGUCCAUAUCUUGCUAUGGGAUCUGGUGAUUUAGCUGCAAUGAGUAUCCUGGAGGACAGAUUUAAAGCCAAUAUGGAACUAGAUGAGGCUAAGGCAUUGGUGCGUGAUGCAAUCCAAUCAGGCAUCAUGAGUGAUCUUGCUUCAGGUCACAACAUAGACCUGUGUGUGAUCACCGGACAAGGGGUUGAUUACAUCAGACCUUACCAGGAGUCUGAAUACAAGGACGUCAGAAAGCAGAAGUAUAAGUAUAAGCAAGGUACAACCCCAGUCUUGACAGAGAAUGUGGUUCGUUUGGAGCUGGAGCUACUACACGAGACAGUUCAGACUAUGGAAACAGCCUGAGCCAAAAAACCACAGUCAUGAUGUAUUUUAUUCAGUCCACCAUUUAUUACCACCAUCAAUAACUUUUGUUAAUGAUUACUUAUAUAACCGUAUUGUAAUAAAUACAUGAUGUCUUGGUA